AUGGCAUCUGAUUCAGUCAUUUCCCGAUUCUUCUGGAUUUUCGGGCUUGUCAAUAAUGUUUUGUAUGUUGUUAUCUUGUCAGCGGCGGCCGAUAUCGUAGGACCAGGCCUGCCAAAAGCACUCGUUCUUCUGCUUGAUAUAUUGCCAGCGUUUGUAUUCAAGCUCAGCGCUCCUUUCUUUAUUCACAAAGUACCGCACAGCUACCGAAUCGGCAUGCUUAUUGGCCUCAGCUGCGUGGGAAUGGCUUUGGUCGCAGGUCGCAAGCUUGGUGUAUGCAUCUUUGGCAUAAUUUUGGCAUCCCUGUCGUCAGGACUGGGAGAAGUAACAUUUUUGCAAUUGACUCAUUACUACCAACAACCGGGUCUCAGUGGCUGGAGUUCAGGAACAGGCGGUGCUGGUCUGUUUGGGAGCGGGAUGUACAUGCUGCUAACGUCGAUUCUAAAAGUCCCCAUUCGAUUAUCGCUCCUGUUGUUCAGCGUGCUACCAUUUGCUUUCCUGCUCUAUUUUCGCCUCGAUUCGCAGCAUGUUUACAAUGCCAUUGAGGACAGCAACAAUUUGAACCAACCGGAAUCGCCAUCUGACGACUCCGAAACAUAUCCGCCUGGUGAAUUCAGAAAGUGGGCCGCUCUUCAAAGCCAUGUGAACAGUACACUCGUGCGCAUCAAAAGCCUUGUGGUGCCUUACAUGUUGCCAUUGACCACCGUGUACCUCUUUGAAUACCUCAUUAACCAAGGUGUAUCACCAACACUGCUCUUUCCGCUGGACGGGAAUCACAGCCAUCCGUUUUUUUUUCACAAAUACCGUGAUAUCUAUGUCACGUAUGGAACGUUAUACCAGCUUGGGGUUUUUAUAUCAAGAUCAAGUGGAUCGCUCUUCCGGAUCAAAAAACUCUAUUUUUUUUCAGUUUUGCAAGCCAUCAAUCUGGCAUUGGUGAUUUGCCAGGCUUGGUUCUAUGUGGUCCACUCUGUUUAUCCGGUGAUGUUACUGAUCUUUUUCGAAGGUCUUCUUGGAGGUGCGUCUUACGUCCACACCUUCAAAAAUGUUAUUGAUGAAGUGGACAUCAGAGAGCGAGAAUUCUCGUUGGGAGCGGUAUCUAUGUCAGAUUCAUUCGGCGUGCUACUGGCAGCAUUUAUUGGCAUCACACUGGAACCGAAAUUAUGCUCACAUCAAAUUGAUAAUGGAAGGCCUUGGUGCCUGAAAGAAUGA